UUGACUUUUUGUGACGAUGCCUAGGCAAAAUUUAAAAUUUUUGAUAAAUGUUUUGUGAAAAUAGGUAGUUUUAGGUUUUACAAUUUACUCUAAUAACAUACAAUGAAUCCUGUGGAAGUAUCGUCCGCCUAUAUCAAGAAACUAAAUCAUCCAAUGAGAGAAAUACGUGAGCGUUCACUACAUCUGUUAAUUAAUAAACUUCAGCUUGGAUGGGAACUAGAGGACGAAUUGGCGGGAACGCGAGAAUUGUUGGAGGCAUUGCUAGCUUGGUUCAAUGUGCAAAAGCCUACAUUUCAGAAAGAAGCUUUGGAAUUACUGUUAAAAACUUUAAAGACUAAAGCAGGGACCUAUAUUGCUAAAGAAAUUAGCAUUCAGAAAAUCUUGUCAACGUUAAACAAAAUAAAACCUAAAAUAACAUUAGAUGCCACUGAGGUUUUUCAAGAUCUCAUUGAAACACUUCGUUUUUUAAACACAGUGGAUUCUGAAGUGAACAUGGGAGUUCCACCUCUGAAUUUGCAUUCACAGACAAGUUCUGGAAGCAAUGGAUCAAGUAGCAGCUUUUAUAAUAUGGGACUCAAUAAGGGUCAGUCAAAAGAAAGUUCUGUCUCCGAUGAAGAUAUUGAAAUAAAUAAAAUGAAUAGUUCUGGAAGUUCAGGAAUAAAUGUUCUACUCUUUCCCUGGGUAGAUAUCUGUCCUUCUGAUUUGAAAACUAUGAUUUUAAUAGAAGAUUCGCUCAAGAUCUUAAAAUCAACUCGACGUUGCUGCAGAUUCAUUAGAGAUGUCUUUUUACGUGAUUUCCCUGCAGAAAUAUUUUUGAACAGACCAUCAAUCAUAAAGACAUUAUUAGCGAUAGCUGAUGGCCAAUACGGUGGACACCCAGGAGAGGCACUGAAUGUUUUGUUGAGCAUAACACAGACAUUGCAUACAAGAUUCUCGAAAUUAUUCUCUUUGGACUUAAUCUCACAGACAUACAAGGGUUCAGUAGACCAAACUGAGUCAGUUGAUAAUGUAAAUGUAGAGCUACAGAACAUUGCUGGUGGGAACACCAUACUGCCGCCCGAUGACGGUCUGGUUGCCUUGAGACAAAUGCCGGCACCUGUGUACGCAUUGGACGCUCUGCAUACUGUCCUCACUGUCAUGAUCAGAAGCGUUGUGUUGGACACAAAUGAGGAAAAUGAUAUCAUGGAUAUGAAAGAAUUGAAUACAAGUUUGUCUUUAAUAGAAAAGCUAAUCGAAUUGUUAUUGAAGUGUGUCAAUGAGGAAUUUUGGUCUGUGGAGCAUACUUGUAGAACCCACAGGGAUAUAGCUCACAAAGCCUGCAUGGUUAUGCGCAUGUUGGGCGAAUUGCUAACCAAAUACAGGUUAUCAUUUUAUAAGGAUCCUGAUCGCGCCCAUCACAGAAUCGCAUGGCUGCGCUUAGUUUCGUGCGGUGUGACGCUACUGACCUGGGCAAAGACUUCGGCGUUACCGCCUUCAUCGCUGGUGACUGCGUUACAAACGGCCCAGAUCGAUCCUGCUAUAGAACUGCUUUAUCCUACACUAGGCAAGAGGAUAGCCACCGUUUUAUUGAGUGCAAAAUCAUCAGUAGACCAAGAAUACAAAAGCAAAUAUAGAGAGCUAAAUAAAUUAUUCGUCAGUAUGGAUCACGCUGUGCAAUUCAUGAAGUUACAAGAGAGUGGACGCAUAUCCAAGAAUGUUUUAACUUGCAUCAAAAACUCGCUUCCAGUGCUGCAUUUGAACUUGAAUAGAAAUUUCUUGAUAGAUAUUGCAUCUGUUUUGCUCAAAAAAUCAAAGGAUUUAGAUUUGGAUGAUAAUGACUGGUCUACAGCUCGAAGUAUUGCGUUGGUUCUUAUGGCGCAUAGUGUUGAAUGGGUUCGCGUGGCCUUUUAUGAAAUGCUAUGCGAUAUGGUCAAGUCAGUGCUAAUGAGUGAUGAAAGCGAUCAGUCGGAAAACGAGAAAUGUCUCACGUUAGUAUGUGAUGUGGGGAUUUUGACGGAAAUUUGUUGCCAUGGACUGUCUUCCGAUCAGAGAGAGGUGGAAAGCAGCUCAUCGGAAAUAAUGCUGUACUUGCUCCGCGGUAGAAUGGUUCUGAGCGAAACUUGCUGGUGGCGCCUGCUCGCGAGCCUCUUGCCUGUUUUGCCACUUCUACACGUUUAUGCUGAACACGAUACACAAUUGGGAAAAGCAAUCUGUAAGUCUCUCGAACCAGACAUCGUGGAGUGUAUGGGGGUGCCUCGGUCGGAAAUGGUUGAGGGGCUGGUGCGACUUCUGUUCGUGAACUGCGCCGCUGUGACCUUGGACGCCGUACAGUCUCUCUGCCUGUUGCUAGAUGAUAGCAAAUAUUUGCCUCCUCGAGAAUCUCUGCGUGCUGACAUCAUGCUAAAUGCAUUGAGACGAGUCGAUAUACAAGAUUUCAAUGUCGACCAGUCUAGUUCUACAAAGAAUACCCAAACAUCAGGUCUCAUUCAAAUAUUAGACGUCCUGAAACAAGACUUGGUUCUCGACGAAGAUACUUUGGAGUAUGUGACGCAAAACCGUCCGAAUCAGCCAACAUUGGAGCCAGCGCUGCGACGCAGUACAUUGCAACAGCUGGCAGUUAUGUUGCGGCAACAAGACCUUCACGAAACUUUCUUACAAUAUGACGGCUUGAAACUGAUCAUCACUUUACUCAGGUUAUCUCUGAUGGUGGAUGAUUACUUGGCCUUCCCCGAAUGCGCGAUCAGUUGUGUGUCAGUACUGAACAGCGUCUGUUUCGUGAGCCGCCACACUUUGGCCAAGAUAUCUGAUCUGCCUUUACUGUUACUGAGAGUGAUUCUAGUGUUUCCCGCAAAUGACAAUACAGUGUUGAUGGCAGCGCAAGUGUUAUCGUUGGUAGCGUGGGCGGGGUUCACCCUGCAGGAGUUGGACGCUAACCGCCGUCGAGUUCCCGCGUUACCUCUCAGCGUAACCCAGAGGACAUCCCUUCCGUUUAGGGUCAAUAGCUAUUGGAGCACGAGCCCUAAUACUGAACACUCAUCUGUUGAGUGGCUGUUAAGCGAAGAGUUGUGGAGGAAUGCGAUUCGCGUUCGCUGGUGGUGGGUGUGCGGUGGAGGUGUCAAGCUUCUGCGCACUUCCACACCCCUAUCGCCAGUGUCACCGCCUCCUUUGAUUGAGUUGACCGCUCUAAAAUCCGCCUAUCUUCAGUACUCCUGCUCCAAACAUCUGCUGGCAUUAGAAAAUGCCACUACGCACGCGCAAGUUCACAAAGCAUUGCAUUUAUUGGAGAGCUACACACAUCUGAUACAAAUAUCACCAGCCAAUGCUAAAGAGCUGGGGUGUCUGCCGUGGCAGCACACCAAAAGGUUUCUGAACGCGCCGCCGGCCUCUUCCCGCGAUACUGCUCUGUUGAUCUCAUUGCUGCAGUUUAUAGUCGCGUAUAUUGACAAUGUUCCAAAAGGAGAAAACAAUACGAUGUUAUGGAUCAAGUCAUCCUUCAUCGGUAAUGACGCCACGGUCAUAUCUCUAUUGAGCCGAGAUCGUCUUUACCCGCAACAAACACUGCAAGAGGACAUAGAGCUAACUCAGCUACGGAUAUACAUAGUAAAAGUGCUUGUAAGGUGUAUCUUAUUUGUUGAACAUCAAGGCGACUAUAGUUGCACUAAGAUGGAAAGUUUGUUGAAGAUUUUGCUUACCUGUUUGGAAAGGAUCGACUUGAAAAAUUUUCAUGUUUUAGGAUAUCUCAACGAGUUGAUACGCUGCAUACGAUACGCAAUACAUUCUCGGUACUGCAAGUUAUCAGAGGAUUCGCUAAUCCACAGCUUGAAGGUGAUGACGUAUGCUCUGAGCGGAUGCGCGUCUGGCGCGGGGCGGAAAGGGCAGGCGUGCAAAUUGGACGCUAUGCUCUCUUUGCUCGCUUUGUUGAGGCAGAUCCGUGAAGAUUCUGUGCCAGUACAGAGAUGGAGUGAAGUAUGGAACGGCAGCGUAGUCCGCGCUGUAGUCAAAUGCAGUACUGGCAAUGGCACGGAACUGCGCGCCACCGCUUUGCACAUCAUGGCCGCCCUUGCCCAGUACACGCAACUAAUGCCGCAGUUGAUCCAAUGUGUUCCUAAAGAGUCGUUGGUACAGCAUGGAAUGGAAGUUUUCUCUCAAGAAGGCGAGGCCAACGUAGUUCGUUCCGCGGCGGCUUCCUUAUUGACCACGCUUACUGCUCGAACCUCUUCUCACACGCAGGUUUUAGAACGUGAAGUUCUCCAAGCAAUGGAUGAAGGAAAUUUCAUCGAGGAGUGUAUGCAAAUUUUCAUUGACUUCUGUAAUGACACCACUGAGAACAAAAACUAUAUAGAGCCAAAUGUGCCUCUAUCGGUAUUAGAGCGAAGAUCGGAACUAGAGGUGCGCGCAAACAAGAGCGGCGAAAUGAACUUGUCGCCUUCCCUACAAUUUCACAAGCCUCUGCCAACUGCGUCGCUCAUCGCAGCUCUAGCAGACGUUCUGCACAAUGUCACUGCCUACAGAAUUGCACCUGUGCAGGCAUGGAAUGAACGUGGACUCUACAGGGUGUUAUUCAGAUGUACGUCUUGGUCCCGCGGUUUGCCAUCGGAGGUGUAUCGCGUGCGCGCGUCUUCGUGCCGCGCUCUGGCUGCGGCCGCAUCCGUCAAGUGCGUAAGGACCUCGCUGGCGGCCACCAAAGAUUGCCUAUACAAUCUACUGCUUACGUUAACGCCUGAUGAACUAGAUAAUUAUGACAUAGAGUGGUUAGCGUCUCGAACGCAGGGUGUAUACUUACUUGCCGCGUUACUCCCAGAGAGGUCGGCGAGUGACGUUGUAUGGUGGGAGUUGAAGAAGCACUCCACCCUUUUAGAUUUACUGCUGUACGCCUUAGAAAGUGAACACUAUGAUUUGCAAGAAACAGCGAUGCACUGUCUAACACACCUAACGCGUUCUAUAUCACAUAAAAGACACAAAGAUAAUACUAAAGAAGAAUCUUGUAUUGACUUUUUGAACAAUUUGAAGUCGCCAUACAAAAAGCAAACAGACAAAUUCUCUGGCGGCGAUAGCUCAAGGGCGGAUUGUCAACCGGAGUAUGUGGUUGAGGAGAUUUGCAAAGUGUUGAUGAAUGUUUAUCGACAGUAUAUAGAGAAUAAAAAGUGUCUAUCUAGUCAAGACGAGAAAUGGGCGCUAGUGUGUUCAUGUCUUAGUUCCGUGCUAUGUGUCAGUGCGCGCGCUCGCCUGUACUGCGUGCACAGGCACUUCACGGGCACGCUUCUGCAGUCGCUUCAGACGCUUCGGGACACGCUCUCGUUGCAGGGCAAACCCGUUGACGUCAUCAGGAAUGCCGAUAACGAACCCAUACUUCACACAUUAAAUUGGGUGCUCACAUUGACAACAUGCCUCAUGUUAGAAUGUGCCGCAGCCAAAGAGCGGAUUGCGGAAGACAUAGCGACCUGCCUGAUUCGUCUGUGGCCCUGGUGUAUGAUUACUGAAACAUUGAGGGACACCAUCAUGCGAUUGUUGGUCACUUUUACUAAUGAAUGUCCUAGAGCGUGGGCCAGUAUGUGCAGCUGCGUGGGGGGACGCAGUUUGCUGAACGAGGUCUGUUCGCUCGUCAAUAAGGAAGCGGCGCGGCCGCGCCCCACGCCCGUUCUGCAGCUCAGUCUUAGGAUACUACGCCAGUGUUUGCCGCAUCACCAUUGCAGAACUAUCAUUAUAAAGAACGAGGUACUGACCUGUAUAUGCAAGAUGCGCGCGCGAGGCAACGGCUACGGUUCCACCGCCGCGAGCGAAGAGUGGGUGAAGCUGUGCGAGGCGAUGGCGCGGCACGCGGACGGCGCGGCGGCGGUGCUGGGCGUGGCGGCGCUGCCCGCGCUGAAGCCCACGCCCGCCAGGCUGCUGCCCGCGCUGGCGCACGCCGCGCAUCACCACCGGCUCGCCUUCCUGCAGUCGCCGGACCUGCUGGAACUACUUUCGGGCUGUCUCCUGACCGGCGACACCGCAGAGGUUGUCUCCGCCGCGAGGGCUGUGUGGGCGCUAGCAGCGAACAACCACAGGGCAAAGCUAGUGCUACGAAGCGCAGGAAUAACGUCAGCGGUGCAAUCAACAUUGCAAAGAUUGCAAAAGUACUCCCACGAUGUCCAAACUCAACGCGCCCUCGAGCUUCUCACCUAUACACAGACCGUACUGCAAACUACUUGAUGGCACUUUGCAUUUAUUGCUGGAAAUAUUUGUCAUUCAUAUGAAGUUAUAUAAUAUGCCAUGCUACGUGUACAAUGACUGCAUUCUGGAAGACAGAAGAUAACCGCGAGCGAAUAACGUCCUACAAAACAGAAAGCUAUAAAUCGUUUGGCUUACGAUUGCUCUAUAUAGGAAUUUCCAUAUUCAAGAAAAGAAAACUCUGGGAAAUAAGUUUUCCUAAGGUUCAUUUGACUUAAACAAAUUGUGUUUAGACCAUAACUGAAAUUAAUGUUUUCAAUUAAAUUUGAAACCAAAAAUUAUUAUCAUGGAAUAAUUGAUCUAUUCUAAUUACUAUGUAAAUUCGUAUUAUUUUUAAAAAUGAAAUGAAAUAAAUUUGAUUAUGACGAA